CCAAAUACAGCUGAUUUUGACAUUAGCAACAAAAAGGACGUUUUCGUCGAUCGAUUUCAGAAAAAUAAAGUUUUUGUGUUUGUUUCUUGGUGAUUUGUGGCGCAAUGUCUGAAUCUGAGACUAAAGGAGAAAUAAUACAAUAUGUGCCAUUCAUGUCGUUUGUGCAUCCAUCUUUCUGGCACACGCUUACUGAAAUGAAAAUCGAUGUUGAUAAACUGAGUGAAAACACCAGACAAAUAUUUGGGCGUUUUACUUAUCGAGACGAUCUGGGGCCUGUUUUUGAAGUCGAUGGGACCUCAUUUAACAGGCACCCAGAGAAAGAGCAGUACUAUGAGAGUGUAACUGGCAAGUUAAUGAACAAAAACACAAUUGAGGAGUUCAAAGCCAUUGAUAAAGCCGAUCUGAUAAAUUCCAUCGGAGAAAUACUAUGGGCUGAUCUCAAGAAGGAGAAGAACUGGAUUGUCAAUCCUGGAUCUCUACUUAACUUUGUUAUUUUAUCUUUUGCUGACUUGAAAAAAUUCCAUUACUUCUACUGGUUUGCAUUCCCAGCCCCAAGCCAACCCACAGUGUACCUGCGUGAAAAAAGCAAGAGCAUUGCAAUACAUUUCAGUAACAAGCAACUUGAUUACCUCGCACAUGCGUUUAAAUCGUUAGACGACAGACAGAAAUCCUUUUUCAUUGUGACAAAAAACAAUGAUAAUGUUGCAGUUCAUAAUUUAUCGAAGCUGCUCAAUCCGAAUGACACUGUACAGAGCAAAUUAGACGUUGAUUUAAGCAACACAUACUUUACAUUCCUUGAUUCAAGUAACGGGAGUAACCCCGGGUGGUCUCUAAGGCUUUUCUUAGCAGCCUUGUUUGACCAUGUUCCGAGUCUUGCCUCUUCAGAUAUUCAAGUGAUAGGAUUGAGGUGCUCUCCAAAUGGUGAAGUGGGAAACAGUCUUGUCUUCACUAUAAAGGGAUCACAGGAUCUCAAGUCAGUUGAAAGUGCAGGUUGGGUUGGCUGGGAAAGAAAUGAUAAAGGCAAUUUUGGACCCAAACUUGCUAAUAUGUCAGCAUCAAUGGAUCCGAUUAAAUUAGCAGACACUUCAUCAGAUCUCAACAUAAAACUCAUGAAAUGGCGAUUGGUCCCAGACAUCAAUGUGGAAGUGAUGAAAACUAACAAAUGCCUGUUGCUUGGUGCUGGAACUCUGGGGUGUCAUGUUGCGAGAAAUUUAUUGGCUUGGGGGUUCCGCAACAUAACGUUCAUAGACAACGGGAAGGUAUCGUACUCUAACCCAACACGUCAAGUCCUCUACAAUUAUGAGGACUGCCUUGGAGGAGGGAAGAGGAAGGCUGAAGCGGCUGCCGACAAUUUGAAAGCAAUUUUGCCCACUGUGAAAAGCAGAGGCAUCACUGCUCACAUUCCAAUGCCAGGCCACCCUGUAGGAGAGUCUUUGAAGGAGGAAACUAUAGCUAAUAUUCAAAAUAUUACUCAAGCGAUCGCAGAACAUGACGUCAUAUUCCUUUUGUUGGAUACUAGAGAAGCGAGGUGGUUGCCUACCCUUAUAGCUGCACAUUACAAGAAGAUAGUGAUAAACGCAGCGCUGGGUUUCGACAGUUACUUGGUGAUGCGCCAUGGCGUUGGCAAGGCCCCUGCCCCUGAAGAUACUUCGAUCAAAAAAGCCUUCAUAGAAGGAGGACAGCUGGGCUGCUACUUCUGCAAUGACGUCACUGCUCCAGGAAAUUCAUUAAAAGACCGCACCCUAGACCAGCAGUGCACCGUGACGAGACCGGGCGUGGCCGCCAUCGCCGGCGCUUUGGCAGUCGAAAUACUCGUGGGAUUGCUGCAGCACCCGCAAAGGGUAGAGGCGCCAGCGUUAUACAACGUGACAGGCGACGAUGCGAGCGACCUGCCUUCAGAAACGCAAGGCGUCUUAGGCCACGUUCCGCAUUCCAUCCGAGGGUUCCUGCAUUCGUACCAAACUGUAGUACCCACCUGUGCCAAGUUCAAACAAUGUAUAGCGUGCUCAGAUGUCGUCCUAGACAAGUACAAGAAUGAAGGCACAGAGUUCCUGCUAAAUGUAUUCAACAGCGGCAGCUAUUUGGAAGAUGUGACUGGACUUUCGCAGCUGCAUUUAGCUGCGGAGAUGACUGAUGUACUAACCUUUUCUGAUGACGGGGAAGACUAAAUGAAUCAAUUUAAUAUAUUUCUCAAUCUCAAAUCACUCUGGCUGCUAUGUAAUGUUGUGCUUUAUUACUGUUAUUAUUAUUAUUACAUGUUGCAAAAUGGAA